AUGGAAUAUCAUUUCAUAAUGAAAGUUGACAAAGCGGACGGGAAGCUCGGGAAGAUGGUUCAGCAUCACUCCAACGUGGAUCUUGUUCAGUGGCUGCCGCAGUUUGGUUUCACUUCUGCAGGGCACGAACGGCUGAAGUGUUUCAUAAUGCAUGGUGGAUUUUAUGGAAUGCUGGAAGCAGCAGUUCACGCCGUUCCACUGGUUGUUAUUCCAUUCUUCGCUGACCAGUUCAGGAAUGCGAAAGCUGCGGAGCACUUAGGCAUUGCGAUAAGCUUACAGAAAUAUGAGAUGAAUUAUCAGCAUCUAAAAUACGCUCUCGAGGAAGUGCUCAAUAAGCCAAGCUUUAGUAAAAAAAUACUUUGCUUCUUGAGAUACUCCGCAGCGGCACGGCGCUUAUCAAGGAUGAUCCGGAUGAAACCAAACAAGCCCGAGGAACAGCUCGUGAAAUGGACUGAAUUUGUUAUUGAAUUUGGCGCACUUCCAGAGCUCCGCGUGCACGGCGAUCGUUUCAACACAAUCAAAUAUUUUGGCAUCGAUAUUAUUGCAUUUUUACUGGUCUGUGUUUUUGGCAAUAUAUUUUUGCUGUACGUUCUGGGGAAAUGGUUGCUUCGGUGUAACACAAGACAUCCACUUUACUCCUCAAAAAAACUCCAGUAA